AUGGCGGAUAUUGUUGAUUCGUGUUGUGUAAAUAUACAAAUGACGAAAGCUGAUAAAAAUAAUAAUACAACAACAACUCAGAUUAGUGAUGAAGUUAGUUUACCGUCUGAACAGUGUGAUGUUAUACAGAAUGGAACUAAUCAGGAAUCGGAGAAUAUGGUUAAUACCGAAGACCACCCACUGUCGACAAGUGAUGAUAACACUGCUACAAUAAUAAACGUUGCUCCAUUAUCUAUUGAUGAAAAUGAUACAUCAAUAAACAACGAAUCAUCCAUUGAUACGACAAAUCCAUAUAAAGAUUUCGCUGGUAUUGAUACUGAAUCUUUUAUAACUGCAACCUUACGUAAUAACCCCAAGGAUCGAACAUUACUUUUAACACUUGAAAAACUUUUUCAACAAUUUAUUCAAAACGAAGAACAAACGUCGCAUCAAUUUCAAGCAAUGAAUUCUUAUGAACGAAUGAUUGUUCACCGUGUCGCUGCAUUUUUUGGUCUUGAUCAUAAUGUUGACAAAAAUGGACAAUCUAUUGUAGUGACUAAAACACCAAAUACUCGAAUACCCAGUUUUUCAUUUCAAACCUAUAUUCCAGUCGAUGAAUCAUUUAAUGGUGCUACAGCAACUUUAAAUUCUUCAAUUGAAAAUACAACUCGUCGUAUUUCACGUCGAAAUGACAAAAAUCCUAAUCCACAACCCUCUACUACAACAAUAGCAGCACCAACAGCUAAACCGACUUUUGAACGCCCUAAUCAUUAUACGGAAACACGCGAUAAAAUAUCAAAUCAACCACCGAGUAAAAUAAAUCGAAAACAACAACGUGUGAAUACAAAUUACCAUCCACAACAAACAAACAUUCAACCCACAACUCAUAUAAUCAAUACUAGAACUCAACCAAUGUAUCCGCAAACAUUUAGCUCAUAUUAUCCACAACAACAAUUAAUCGAUCAUAAUUUCAAACAACAAACAGCCGGCACACCAAUGUAUAACUAUGUACCAAUGAUAUCUCCAACGACACUUCAACAUGGAAAUAAUAUUCCAGUACCUAUAUUAAUUCAGCAACAACCAAAUGGUCAAUUUCAGUAUGUAUUUCCUACACAUUCUUUACAACAACAACAACAACAACAACAGCAGCAGCAGCAAGCACAACAACAAGUAACAUUCGAUGGACAACAAUAUGUACCCGUUUAUCGAUCCGAUGUCAUGCCAUCUGGUGUUGAUAAUAAUCUUUAUUCUCAACCUAAUUUUGUUCAUGUAUAUCCAACUCAUCCUCAAACACAACAAACAACAAUUAUUCAACCAGCUCCGUCUUUUAUGAUACCGCCGAAUAAUUCAGCAUCAAUACAAUAUGCAACAAAUCAAUUAGCAGCAUUAAGUCUACAAUCUCAAUAUGAUAAUUCACGUUUUUCACAAUUAAAUAAUUCAAUAAAACCGUUUAUUCAAUCGUCAGCAAAUGGAUUCAAUCGAACGCCUAUUUAUCAUCAAUAUCGUCAAAGCCGUCCAGUACAUGCAAGCAAUACUGAUAAACAAUUAGCACCAAUCGAGAACGACAUCAAAUCUACUACGAAUAAUAAAUCAGAUCAGAUUUCUCUGUCUGAACCAACACAAGAAAAAGAUUGA